UACUGUCAUAUGUCUUGUGCUAGCGGAUUGCUCUGAAGUUGUAGCCGAGUCCGCCACCAACAGUCAUAUCCAGUUGUAUUUUGUCAUUUGGUUACCACGACCAACACGACCAACACGACCAAUGGGAGUUAUCUGUAGGACACGAACCAUGCAAGUUUGUAGAAAGUUUUUGGCGAUGACCGAGUGAUGUUCUUGUCUAUGCGAUGAGGAACUAGCGAAGAAGCGUCAUACGGUUGUUAAGUGUACAGGUCCAAUUCUGGCUAAAACAAAAUUCGCAAAUCCUAUCGAAAACUCUUUGGUUUCCUUUAUAUUGGAUGUAUAUUUCAAACACGAUGCAGUUACCAUUAUGAUCUCUCUUUACUCGCGGCAGGACUGUUCAGGGGCGAUGCUUCGUCGAGGGCUUCAUUGGGUUCAAUAAAGCAACACGAUAUUGAGUUUUCUAUCUUGUCAAGGAACACGUUUAGUGAUAACAAUAUUUUCCUGAUAGUGGGAAGGAAAUUCUUGGCAGAACAAGAACUCUCGGAUCGGAUUGUUGUAAGAUAUCACUAUACGUGUAAUUCAUAUUAAAGCUUAACAUUUAUUUCUUAGGUUUAUAGGCUGAGAGAAAGUGAGUUAUGUCGGCCUAUAGUGAAUCCCUCUUGGAGAUAACGUUGGGUGUCCUCCUUUACGUCGACAAUGGCAAAUUCAGCUUUGGGAAUUAUUGACAAUCGGAGUUUAAAAUAGGAUUAGCUUUGGUAAAAGCUUUGGAUUUAUUCUCAUUGGGUUCGCCAAAGAUUGAUCUGAAGAGACAACAUGUCGUUUGGAUUAAGCACUACUCCUACAUACAGGAUACGGGCAAUGUCGGCCAAUCCAAAAUUCCCAGUCAAGCCCGAGGAUACUGAUGAUCAUUGCCAGUAUGCUGUGCAGAUGCAGGGGAGACUGGGCCUCAAGUCCGCCAUUGAACCCCGCCGAGCUCGUAGUGCCUCACCGCGCCAAAGCAGGGCAUCAAUCGAGAUUGAAAUGAUGAAGAUAGCAGCGCAGAGGUCGAAACCUCCGCCACCUAAAGUAGGAGCGAGGCGAAUACAAAGAUGCCAAAGUCAAAACAUUCCACGCGACUUUAGGAUAGGACAAGCAACGCCGAAAAGAAAAUGCCAUUCUGCGAAGAGCCUGCGAUCUGCUGAACAAACACCUGCCCCUCCGAGGCGACCCAGGUCGGCGAUGACUCCUUCAGCAACAGCCAGGGUCAUGUCCCCAGGCAACAGAAGUACUCCGAGUUCCUCUCCGCUAAGACCAAAGACCGCAUUUGCCCCGAGAAUGGUGAUAGGGAAUUCAAGUGAAACUGUGGGCACUGAUGCUGUGAGGGGCGGUGGGGCUCGGAGUGUUACUUUCUUGGAUAGCAAUGACUCGAGGAAUGAAGAUUUUCUAAGUCAUCCGGCCGGCAGUGCUCGGAAGGAGUCAUCAGAUGUCUCCGAGCAGAAGAAGUCUGGGAUUUCCGGCAUGUGGUCGAGAGGAAUUGACCUUGUACGAAAAAAGAGUACUUUUGGCGACGUGCAGCGAAAGCCAACUGGAGGUAAAUUCCUCGAGUUGGUCCUGAAAAUGAGGGAUGGUGGUUCAAAGAUAAGAAGAUCACUUUAUUUACGAACUUCGGGUGUUGGUGAACAGCCCUUCGAACGGUUUCAACGAAUGGCCCAUACAGUAAAACUUAUAAUGAGAUUCUGCAUUCAUCUAAAGAAGUGUGCCAGCAACAACACGAAAGAGGAGUGGUCGUUCAUGGAGUAUCACCUGAACCUCGAGGCAGAGCUCAACCAGCUCAUGGCAUUCAGAAUGGAGCAAUUCACAAAUAGAAAAACUGGGAAGGAUCGAGGGUCUGAGAAGCUCAAACAACUCCUUGCACUGGAACCUGAGAUGAGAACCGACAGAGACAUCUACAUUAUUUCUGCCCUGAUCAAGACCAACGAAGCAUUCCAGGAAUACCCGAACUGGAUGCAGCAAAAAUUAUGCCGGCAAUUUUAUUAUAGGAGUUUCGAAGCGCGCCGUGUGAUCUACAAAGAAGGCCACGCGCCACACUACUUCUACAUCCUCCUAACAGGGACGGUCAUGAUGAAUGUCAGGGAGUACAACAAGAAGAAAGACAAGACCUUCUCACACACUAUAUCACAAGUCAAGGAAGGACAAUCAUUCGGGGAACAUGCAAUGUUGGCGGAUACCCGACGGGUUACCACAGCAAUAUGCAAAACAGACGUGGAACUUCUAGUUCUUCAUCAAAGGGACUUCAACGAAAUCGUCAAAAUACCUUUGCAGACGCAAAAGGAGAAUCACGUUCGUUACGUAAUGUCUAUGGAACUGUUUCGAGAUUUUCCGAGGGAACUCCUGGAAGACCGAUCCAACAUGCGAAAUUUCUGCUACCAAUACUUUAAGAAAGGAACAGUUGUAGUCAAGAAUAAUCGGAAUUACAAAUUCCUUGUCAUCAUAAAAUCGGGGCGUUGCAGUAUAGUCGUAGAAUAUAAGAAUGCCCUGAAGAAGGUUAUGGCAGAAAUGCCGAAACUGACGGAGGAGGAUGAAGAACUCUUCCCGUUGAUGUGUGACAGGAUAAGACACCUUUUGCAAGAAAAGGCCUCUCAUAUGACACUUGACCUGAAACGAGACCACGUGCGAGGUUUGAUGAUGAAAUCGCUGAUGCCCGACAUGGCCGGGUUGGCCAAGAAGAUAGCCUUAGAGAGGGAACGACGGAAUAAGGGUAUAGCAGACGACAAUCUAUGGGAGGUCCUAGACGAGACAAGAGCAUCAAAUGAGUUUGAUAGGGGACUAAAAAAAUUGGUAGAUGAAAAGAAGGAGGAGCUGUUGACGCCGUUCAGCAUCGGGGCUGCGGUUGCCAGGAUGGGAGCCGGGGUGUCAGCAAGGCGCAAGAAAGAGGAAGAAGCCUCCAUGGCACGGGAAUUGGUACAGACAGGCAAUAACCGGGGUUCGGACGCCAAGAAGGAGGAAGAGCAAGAAAAUGCGAAGUGGUCGGGAAUGAGCAUUUACGACUUGCCAGGGGAGUAUGCGAAAGUGGCCACAUUGGAAGCCGGCGCCGUAUUUGGGCUAGAAACCCUAUUCGACAGCGCUUCAUAUGAAGCCGAGCUCCCGCUGAUCUUGGCCAGCGAGGGCGCGGAGUGUCUCAUCAUGUCCAAGAAGUUAUUUCUAAACGGAGCAAACGCCCGCGUUCUGCAGGUUGUCAGUGAUAUGGUGGUCGGGUGGCCUUCCGUGGAGUUCGUCGGACAGAAAAUCAAGGAGCAGCGGGACUGGCAGGCGUACAAGCAGUACGUCAUCAAGGACGUCAUGAAGCACACGCAGCGGAAAUCGAGGGCUAUGAGUGCUCAUAUCUAAGCAGGAUGGACACUGAUCUCAAGAUGUUUAUCUUACAUGAAGUUGAUUUUACAUAAACUUGAUGAAAUCAACAAUGACACGACAAUCAGUUCCAAGAAUUGGACUCAGAAAUAAAACUGAGGUUACAGUUCCAGUUCCAGUUAAUGUGAAUGCGAUCUCA